GGACCCAUAAAUGAAUCAGAGUAUGAGAGCAACAUGGAAGAGCUGGACCAACCAACUGACUUCAAAGACUUUCCUGUCCGGAUCGACUGGAACGCCGAGCUUCCGGCCAACAUUGUGGUUCCCAGAGUUGAGAUUCACAGCCUGGUCCUGGACUUUGCCGCCGUCUCCUUCUUAGACAUCUCUGGACUGAAGGGACUCAGAGCACUGCUGAAAGAGCUGAUCCGAGUUGAGGUUGAGGUCUACAUCGUGGCCUGUGACUCUUACAUCCUGGAGAAACUCCAUGAUUGUAGCUUCUUUGAUGAUGAAGUUCAGUCUUCAAUGUUCUACCUGACACUGCAUGACGCCAUGCUGCACAUCCUGGAGAAACAUCCGGAGCCUCCUCCAAAAAAGUCUGAUUAUGAGAAGGAGGGAAGUGUGAAAGUCCGUGGGAAGAGAAUCCGUGGAGUUAGUGAUGUGGCCAGAUGA